GAAUUAUUCACUCCGUAAUACCACUUCCUGUUACCCCUCUACACGCGGUUUAUUCUAAUGCGAUGACAGUUAAUUAAAAGAACUCCAGAAAUGGUAAGAACAGCUGCCACUCACUUUAUUAAUGCAGUCUUAAGAAAGCAGAAACUAUGGAGAUACUCACAAAAUUCCUUGUUCUGGGCUGCUUUCAAUCUCCUGCUGGCAUUUAUUCUGUAUAUUGAUAUACGUUACUUUGCCAUACAACAAUAUUUUGAAGUUUCUUAUCCUAAUUUAUGGUAUGCAGAAUCUGUCUUCUUUUUGUUGUUCUGUCUGAAUACCCUGGUGGACUUAGUCUGUUGGAUGUGGCCCUAUAUUAUGAGCAGCCAGAUAGAGCUAACCCCAAAACAGAAGACUUUGCUUGGAGUUAAUGACACAGAUCCUGGAUUCAAAAUCUCUCCUUUGAAACCAAAUGUGUCAUCGUCAACUCCAACCAAACUGAUGUUUAAUUGCAGUGGCUCAUCACAGCCCCACAGCUAUUCGAGCAGUCACACUCCACCUGGUGCUGGUUCAUCAAUAUAUUACACACCUGGUUCUGGUAGUAAGUCUUCUCACAGUCCUCCUGGUUCAUCUCCAAGGUACCACAGCCCUAUGUCCAGUACUUACUCCAGUCACACCCCUAAUGUCAGUUCCGGUUCAUUGCACUACAGUUAUUCCAGCAAUCACUCUUCACCAACAUACUGGUCAUCAGACAGUGCAGUGAGUGCUCUUUUGUUUGAUUUUUUUUUUGUCUUUUUUUGUUUUUGUCAUUGGAAUGUGUCCAAGCUGGAGCACCUCCUUGAAGGGUUUAGAAAAUAUCAUUGCAGCCAACCACCUCUGAACCCACAAAGUGUAAGACUGAUAAACCUGGUCAUCUUCAAAAACACGAUGGACAGACCUAAUAAUUUCAAAUUUUGGCACAAGGCCAGCAAUUUCAAGAGAGCGGGGGAUAAUAAUCCGUUUGAACAAAUCACUGACUUGAAGGCAUUGAGUCAAUAUUUACGAGAAGAAGAACAAAAAGAGAGCAGAAGUCAACUGAGUUCUCCGGAGACCCUGUCAAGUAGCAGCACAUCAUUCUGGAACUACGGUCGCUCAGCCAGCGACAAUACUUGUGUCCUGCGUAAAUACCAGUACCAGGUGGCCACUCGUACUCCGCAGUCUUCGACUACCACCAGAGACACAACCCAAGAUGUUUUUUCGUACACUGGUAACGAGGUGUGGAACCGUUUCUCUGUGAGUGAAGCAAAUCUUUAUCUCUGGACAGAACGAAUACGAAAGUGGGUAGCACUGACCAUUGUAGCUAAACUGGCCAAAGAAAUUCCCAGUAUUAAUAACUGCUUGAAAAGAAUUGGUAGUGAAGAUAAUUUAAUUGGGGAAGUAAGCAUUGCCAACCUGAAACAAGUUGUACUUACCAAAGGAGCUCUUGUACCAACCUUGAAUUCUGUAAUUCCAUUCCUGGAUUUGACCUCUAAUCAGGAAUAUCUUGUUAAAAGAAUAUAUGAGCUUGGCAAAGAUGGUUGCAUGAGUGAGUUUUGCUGGAAUCAGGGAGGUCAUUAUGGCAAAGAGUGGGGGGAGCAUUUACCAAAUGAUGCUUCGCUUGUCAUGCAUCUCUUUUGCACAUAUAUGGACUCUCGGCUUCCUGUUCAUCCAAAAUUUCCUGACCAGCGUACCUUCAGUUCGCAAUAUUUCAUGAAAACCCCUAACAAGCCUGAUCUCACCAAAAAGUCCAAUUUUUAUAUCUACCAAACAAACAUUAAUCCACCCCAUUUCCAGGUGACCAUUGGAGAACAUGUUUAUAAUUUACCAAAGGGUAGAAAUAACAUGUUCCACGCUCUACUCUUGUUCCUCUAUCACAUCAAAGCAAAGGAACACGGAAUGCUAGGGAGAGUCAACUUGGGAUUGUCUGGUGUGAAUAUAAUGUGGAUCUUUAAUUGAAGCAACAUAUCACCCAUCACCUUCCUUGCUGGAUGUUCCUACCUGGGAUUGAACUCAUGACUCAGGUGCAUUUACAUCAUCACAAUGUUGUACACCUUUGUACAAGAAAUACUUCUCCCUGCUUCUGUCUUCCGAAGAAUCUAUAUCAAGUUUUCGACUUUCUCUCUCUCUCUCUCUUCAUUUGUAUAUUGGGUUGGCUAAAACCUCUAUCUGGGGGUUUUUUAAAGCAAAAAUAAGACACAAAUUUUAAACGCAAUGUGUUAUAUUCUACGAAUGAUAUAAUUACCAUUUCGUUCCAGUAUCCUUCUGCCAUCUGGUGGGCUGAUCCAUUAUUUCUUGCUCAAAGAAUUUCCUGUCUUUACUGGCAAAAAUUCUUACACCCUCUUCAGGGAAUUUCAAAGAGACUGAAACGGGGGGGGGGUCUGAAGGCCCAAGGGUGGGCGAAUAUGGAGAGAGUGACAAAAUUUCUCAGCCAAGCAAACUGAGUUUGGUACCCCAUGUCUUACUAUACUAGAUACUGGGGUAGAUUUUGGACCCCACUAAAGAGCCCAAAUUUGGUGUCAUACUUAUAUAUAUAUACACAUAUAUAUAUGUAUAUGUGUGUGUGUGUAUAUAUAUAUAUAUAUAUAUAUUAGGGAGGUACAAAGUGUUAGUGGGAGACAGUACUGCUACAGAAGAAAAUGUAUUUUUGUACACAAAUAUUUCUUUGAGGUUGUUUAAAACUAAUCUCUUAGAAAUUGUGUGUGUGUAAUAAAAACUGUUAACAUCUUUGAAGCAAUGUACAGGAUUUUGAUUUUAUGCAGAUAUCUAUUGUAAACUUCUUUUUUGUAUAAAAGAAAAUCAAAAUUUUU